ACUGGGUAAUCUUCGCAACGCCACUUUCCAGUCCAAAAGUGUCGGAUGCAGUGUUAUAUUGGAAAUUCAAAAUGGUUCUAUGCGGGUGAAGUAUUUCAGCAUCCUCAUUCCCUCUUGCCUUCUUUAUGAUAUCAGCCCCUGCCCGUUCAUCUCAUUCACUUCCUCUAAACAUCUUCCAAGGACAAUCAUCUCAAGAAAAACCUUUACCUUUGACAUCACACAUCGGAUAAGAAGCACACCCAGAACCCACCUCACCCCAAAUUACACCGCCACCUCACCACCAACGAUCAUGUCAGACCCCACCUUCAAAAUCGAGACCCCCCGUCUCCUCAUCUCCUACCUCCAGCCGGACCUCGACUCGCACUGCGACUUCCUCGUCGCCCUCUAUAACACCCCCGAGUUUAUUGCCAACAACGGAAAGACAUCUGUUACCACCCGUGACAUCGCCCGCCGUCAACUCGAGGGCCGCUUCCGCGCCGAACAUGCCCGCAAUGGCUACGGCACCUACCUCUUCUCUCUCCGCAACCCUGCGAACCCAGACGAUCUGGCCUCCGCCACGCCAAUCGGUACGGUGUCGCUGAUGCGUGGGGAUGAGCCCGGAUCUUAUACCGCGCCGGAUCUGGGGUUUGCCAUUCUGUCGGAGUACAUGAAGAAGGGGUUCACGAAAGAGGCGGCGCAGGGACUGAUGGAGUAUGUCGAGAGGGUGCAGGGGGUGAAGGAUAUUCUAGGACUUCAUGACCCGGCGAAUAAGGCCAGUGGUGCGGUCUUCAGGAGCCUGGGAUUUGUCGACGUGGGCUUGAGGCAACUGUUGGUUUUUGGACCGGAUGUAGUUGGGCAGGUGUGGAUCAGGAAGGGGAUGAGUGAGGAUGUUAGUGUGUAUGGGUUGCCCAAGGAGGCACCGGCCACUGUGGCGAUGCCGGAAAAAACUGCAGAGGAGGGGGUGACGGAGUCUGUAGGGGCUGUUGCGGUCUAGACUUGUACAAAUGUGAACUCUUUGCCCUGCGUACUCCUUUGCCCCGUUGACCCCUCUCGUGUUUUUCUACCUACUUUUUGCUCCAUGCAUGCAAUCUUUGUGGCAUUCUUCAGCGAAGGUACCUGUAGAGGUAGAUAUGGUGCUCGAAUACUUGACCUAUCUGCAGGUAGCUACGAACUUCAUUGAGUAUGUCU